AGACACUGGGACAUUUUUCUCAAAUUGUAAUAAAACAGAAAAUGCUAAGCUCGCCAAGCGAAAGUUUUAUCUGAAAAUUUUGACAAACAUUUUGCGCAACAUAUUUUUUCCUUUCUUCGAAAUAUGCGAUAACGACGCUCUUUCGAAGACGGAAAUGAACGUGCAAAUGUUUAUGGAGGGGAUAGCGAAAGAAUUGACAGUGCUCCUGGCGUUUUUAACCCUAUGCGUUACCCGUGGACAAGAAACCCCCUCAGCCCAUGGACUUUGUUCGUCUGGGAUGAAUGUUUUCUCGUCGGAUGGGGUCUACAUUGAGCCUAUCGCCAAGAGCUCGGUCAGACUGCACAAGCUACACAAGACCUUCGAAGACGGGCAUAUACUCUCGUUUGAGAUGAAUGCUACUUCCCCCAAUGGGGUGGUGUUUUAUAUGGCUUCUAAGCAUCAGAACCCCAGCAAGUCAGAGUUCAUCGCCUUGGAGAUUGUGGAUAGCUAUUUCCGGUACCACAUUAAGUGUAGCCAUCUUAACGCGAUGCUGACGGUGCCAAGAAUAGUAGCCAACGAUGCGCAGUUUCACAAAAUUUCCUUUCAAAGAACCCGAACACGAGGAAGAUUAACGAUUGAUGGAAGACACUUCUUCAAGAACUUCCGGGUAGAGUGCAAAGGCUUCCGGUCCAUGAUUUUUGGCGGACUACUCCCGGAAGACAGGACGCACACUGAUCCUCUUCAGAAAUACGAGUCCCAUUUCGAAGGGUGCAUACGCAACCUUGACACUUCAACCGGUGUUUUAGACGAGCCUCGUUAUCAUGCCGUGUCACAGUGUCACAACACGUGAUCAGUCACAUGACAGGAAGUUCUUUGUUCUUCUUAUUUACGACUGGUGCAACCAUUCUCCGUCUUCCACCGAUUCUACGGUGGGCUCUUUUCCACCCUGACCAAGUAACCUCCAGACAAGCCACUAGUUUGUCGUGACUACUUUAAACACUUUGUGGUGUAUUGACAGUAUUGUUGCGUGUUUUAUGCCGUCCUUUGAAGGGUGCCUGCAAGUGAAGGAUGCUGGUGAAUUACAAUGAGUGACCUGAUGUUGUAAAUAUAUAAAUUAUAUAUAUGUAUUGUCAUAAAAGACGUUCACAAUAUGUACAUACAGUCAGUUGAAAGAAUCUCAUUAAUUAAAAAUUAAAAAUAUACUUUUGCAAAUACAA